AUGACAAACUCUCCCAUUUCCAGUCGAAUAGGUAAAAGGACCACUCACAAUCCUUAUCCUAUCUAUAAUUUUCUUACACAAAAGAGAUUGUCCCCAUCAUAUUGUGCUUUUAUCACAAGUUUGUCUACUGUCUCGAUUCCCAAGAAUGUUAAGGAGGCGUUAAAUCAUCCAGGAUGGAAACAAGCAAUGGUAGAUGAAAUGGAAGCACUACAUUCUUCUGGGACUUGGGAGUUGGUUCCUUUGCCUACUGGGAAAACUGUGGUUGGUUGUAGAUGGGUAUACAAUGUGAAGAUUGGUCCACAUGGACAAGUUGAUAGACUUAAAGCACGCCUUGUUGCUAAAGGAUACACACAGGUGUUUGGUAUUGACUACACAGAUACUUUCUCCCUAGUAGCCAAGAUCACCUCUAUCCGCCUUUUGCUCUCAAUAGCAGCCAACCGCCACUAG